GGUACGAAAAUGCGGGACCUAUAGCACAAGCCGGACUAAAUCAAAAAGGGAUAAAUUCUGAAAAUACCGUCGAUCCAAUUCCUCAAAUGAUGAAAAGUCAUCCUUCUCUAAUAGAUUUUAAACAUUUUGAAAAAAGAGGUCCGAUUGGUGCUUGGGGCGGUCAAUAUGGUUCAUUGAUGUUAAAAAACUAUAAAAGUAUAGGAAAGUCUAUAUACUUCAAAUUACAUGAUAACGAUCCUGAUUAUGAUGAAUUCAUUGCAUCGAUUGAAAAAGAAUUUGACCAAUAUAAAACAACUAUAAGAAAUUUUAGGUGUUUUGCUAAGAAAAGGAUUGUAUUUUGGGAUUAUUCUUAUUUAACUCAAUCCAUAAUUUCAAUAAUCCGUGAACAAGGGUAUCAACAUGAAAUUCGUAUCGCAUAUCCACAACGUAAUCAACUGAUUAGUGUUCAAUCUGACAAUGCUUUAGCACAAUUCUCUCGUAGUACUUUUGGACAAGCGUUAUGUUGUUGUUCAUGUUUUGGAAUUAUACAUAGGGUUUUAACCCGAUUUUAUGACAAUGCUUAUAAAAGCAAGUUUAAAAGUGAAUUUCAAAUGAAUAUUAGUGCAAGAGAUUGGUUUCAAAGGAAUAAGAGAAUUAUU